CUCUCUCUCUGUCAGAUGGACGGUUCAGUUGGGCCGAUGCGAGUGUUGGUGACGGGCGGCAGUGGGCUGGUGGGGCGAGCGAUAGAACGGGUGGUGAAAGAGGGUGGAGGGAGAGAAGGAGAAAAAUGGAUAUUCCUGUCAUCCAAAGAGGCCAAUCUUGUGAGCGCUGAAGAGACGAGAGCAGCCUUCAAGAAACAUCGUCCGACGCACGUCAUUCAUUUAGCUGCAAUGGUGGGCGGACUCUAUAGAAACAUGAGACAGAACCUGGACUUCUGGAGGAAUAAUGUGCACAUCAAUGACAAUGUGCUGAACAUGUCUCAUGAGUUCGGCGUGGUGAAGGUCGUUUCCUGUCUGUCUACGUGUGUUUUUCCAGAUAAAACCACCUACCCUAUAGAUGAGACCAUGAUGCACAACGGUGCCCCCCAUGACUCUAAUUACGGUUAUGCUUACGCCAAACGCAUGAUUGACGUCCACAACAGGGCGUUAUUUCAGCAGUACGGUUUGAAAUACACAGCCGUCAUCCCCACCAACAUGUUUGGAGCCCAUGAUAACUUCAACAUUGAGGACGGUCACGUGAUGCCGGGGUUGAUCCACAAGACAUACCUGGCCAAGAAGGAAGGUAAACCUCUGCAUGUCUGGGGCUCGGGUCGCGCUCUGCGGCAGUUCAUCUAUUCUCUGGAUCUGGCUCGUCUGUUUCUGUGGGUUCUGAGGGAGUACGACGAGGUGGAGCCCAUCAUUCUGUCAGUCGGGGAGGAGGAUGAGUUGACUGUAAAGGAUGCUGUGGACGCUGUGGUUGAAGGAUUCGGGUUCAAAGGGGAAGUGAUUUAUGACACUAGUAAAUCAGACGGUCAGAUCAAGAAAACCGCCAAUAACGCCAAACUACGCAAAUACCUGCCAGACUUCAAGUUCACGCCGUUCAAACAAGCCGUCAAGGAGACGUGUGAUUGGUUUGCGGCCAAUUAUGACACCGCCCGUAAAUGAAGAUCUUCUCAUCCGAUUGGCUGUGGCGAGCUUGAACACCAUUCAACACUGGAAACCAAACAAUGACUGAUUGUACACUUUCAAUAACCCUUAAUCAUUUUUACGAAGACAAAAUCAUUGGACACUGCCAUCGAGGCCUACUAAUUUCAUCCCUUAAAACUCAUCUUUGAUACUUUGAUGUAAAUCAUUUCUUUGUCUUAAAAAUGGCUUGAAUGUAACUCUACACCCUUACCUCAUUGAGUAUGCGCCAAACCAUGAAUAUGCUUAUUAGUCCCCGCCUCCACUCAAUCGCACCAUCUCGGACCUGCUUCAUUUUCACUCAAUUACAGCAUUCAAAGUGCGCUCCCUUUAAAAUAACUGAAAAGCAGUCACCUGUCUUAGUUCAUCGCGAUCUCACAAGGUUCUGUUAUAAACAAUGAAGCUUUACACAGCACAGUGAAUCUGUUAAUCACAUCACGUUUAUACUUUGUUAAAUGAGAGAAUUCGCGAGUGUGCAGAACUCUUGAGCUGAACUCCGGCAUUGUGUGGAUUAUGACUAACUUAAACACCACUGAUUGGCCAAGUCUGUGAUUGGCUGCAUUACUCAACGCUGCAAAAACGUGUAAAUAGAAGCCUUUGAACUGAUAUUAAGUCACACCCCGCAAGUUGAUGGGGUUGGUUACAUGUUUGUGACGUAGUCUUUGUUACACCGCAGUUUUAAUGAGAAAAUGGUCAUCAGUAGUCUUGAGUGAUGAAUUCUUUAACCAUAUUAAAAACACAAGACACACACAAUCAAACAGGGUUAGGGUUUUGAUUUUCACACGUUUUAUUCGUGCUCUGUACUGUGAGUGGUGCUGUACAUUUCCUGCUGUUUUUUCCGGUCUGUCAAACAGGGCAUUUUCUGGGUUUGUUUUCUAAUGAUAUGUACUGUACAUUUUAACAAUACACUCACUCAUAUUUAAAAGAA